AUGGAUACCGACAAUGCUACAGGAGACAUAAGCAAGAGCAAAAACAAUAAUAGUUCAAAUGAAAUAUUGAACAACUUAGCAAGACUUUUGGGUAUUGAAGGAAUUGAUGAUACUACUUUAGCAUUAUGUUAUAAAUUAUUAGAUGAAGGAGUAGAUCCAAAAAUACUAGCUGAAAAGAUUAAAGAUAUACAGAAAGAGACAACGAUUUGA